UUUCCUAAUCCCUCAUAUUGUUUGCUAUUGAAGUGAGAGGUUUUCAUUUCAGGCCAUUGUCCUUGAGCUUCCCUUUUUUUUACUCCGUACAUGUUGGCGGAAAAUCCAAAGUACCUGGAAUCUUGAAUUACGCAUCUUAAUUCUCACCUUGUUACGGCGAUCUCACCACCACCUGUAUCACACGAAAACGUGGACAGUAGUACUACAUUGUGCGAGCAGGGCCUUGGCAAUUUGGAUGCUGGUCACCGCCCAAACGAACCUGGAAAACGGAACCCGAAACAAGAAAAUAACAACCAAAAAAAAGGGAGUGAAGAGCAAUGGCAAACAUCUUCGCCUGUCUCAUAGACUACCUCUUCCCAGUCCCCUUUUUUGCCUUUAGUAUCUUUUACUUCACGCUCGCAUUCGUCAAGAACCCCUUUUUGCCCCUGACCAACUUUGAUUCGUUCAAGGAAAAGGCCUUUGCGGGACUGUGGCUCAAGUUUGGAGCGGCCUUUUCCGACCAGACCCCGACCGAGGUUGACGAGUUGCUCGCCGGGUCCAAAGGACUGAUUCUCGACGUCGGCCCGGGGUCGGGCGAACAACUCCGCCGUUUCUCCCACCCGGAGAACAUUCGAACCAUCUACGGAGUCGAGCCGGGAGUCACGCUGCACGACAAGUUGCGGGCCAACGCCGGCAAGGUCGGUCUGGGCGACAAGUACCGCGUCAUCGGAGGGACGGCCGACCUGGAUUCCAUCUUGCCCACCCUGGUCAAGGACGGCGUCGUCAAGAACGACCGGCCCUCGGCGAAGGAUCUGGCCGUGUUCGACGAGAUUGUCUGCGUCCGUGUGCUCUGCGGCGUUCCCGACCAAGAAGCGAGCGUGGCGGAUCUGUACGGCAUGCUCAAACCCGGCGGACGGUUCGUCCUGUGCGAACACGUCGUCAACAAUCGCUCCUGGGGGGCGAACCUGGCGCAGAAGUUCUGGAUGUUGGUCGGUUGGAAGGCCCUGAUGGGAGGCUGCGAUCUGAGGAGGGACACCGUACAGGCGUUCCUAAAAGUCGCAAAGGAAAAGGACGGUGGUUUCGCCAAGGUCGAAAUGACCCAGGUCGACCCGCAUAGCAUAUCGACUCACGUCGUGGGUGUAUUGACCAAGAAACAGAAGAAGAGAUGAAACUGCAGAUUGGGUCGACGUGGUAUACCUUCAACACGGUAUUAUCGACGCUCUCGGAGAGGCCAAGAGGAGGUCAAUGUGAACUGAUCGUGGGGGGUUCUUGAUCAAGAAGCAAAAGAAAGAGAUGUUUAAACUACCUGAAUCUAGGGAGGUAUGUUGUCAUUGUCAUCGUCGUUGCAAUUAUGAAAACGGUAUCAUUCCAAAGAGAAGGUGAAAAAUGAAAAAAUAUGCCGUUAUACGUCCUCCAUGCUAAAUUAAAUGGCCGUCUGGUUGCGGAGAAGAGGAAUGUGGGAAAAAAACCCUUGACACCUGAUGAAAUCAAAUCGUAUCUGCAUCACAGUCCGCAGUCGUUUCAUAUGUUUAACUCCAUCGAGCAGCCUUUCGAUGAUCCAAUUCGACGACAUGCACGACAUGCACACAUGGUCAAUUCUCUUCCGUGUUGGAUUCGGUUCCACUGUCUUCAUCAUCAUCACUCUCACCGUCAGAACUAGAAUCCUCAGACUCUGAUCCGGUGAUGGG